AUGGCUGCCGUUAUCACUCUCCAGUCGUCUUCCACGACGACAAAACAGGCCUCCUCGGAUCGUCCUCUCCUUCGAUCUCGCAUUCCUUCCCAUCCCCUUUCUCCUCCUGCAUCAAUUGGUGUGCUUAGCCGGGAUGGCCCCAGUUGUGACGCCUGUCUGCGUAGAAAGAGUCGAUGUGCGAUGAACGACAGAGUUAAGAAGUGUUAUUCCUGCGAUUUCCAUCGUCAAGAUUGCACCUUUCUCCUGUCCACAACGCCCGCACAGUCCAAGAAGCGGAAAUUGGACGAGCCCGUCCCAGAGGAUGUGGAAUCUUCCAAGAGACAAUCUACCGUCCUCCCAGUCUCCAAAUCGGAUCCUUCUCGUUCUCUCUUGAAUGGCCACCCUCAUAUCACAUCAGGGUUCUGGCAUUCACAAACGCAACACAUCGGCCUGACCACGGAAUUGGAACCUGCUUUGCUCGACCAUCUCCCCUUGGACCAGAACCUGGAAGGGUCUGUCGCCUCGUCUCGCGUCCGGAAGUUCGGUGACGACGGCACCUUCAUGCGGGUGAUUAACACCCUGUCUCAAGCGGGCUUGCCGCCACCUCCCCCCUUGGACGCCAUUGAAAGUCUGGUUGCCCCCUAUGGCUCGACUCUGGUCGACAAGUUCUUCGAACAUGUUCAUCCGACAUUCCCCAUCCUCCUGGAGGAUACUUUCCGCCAGUCGUACCGCUCCCGCCAAGGCCUGUCCCCUCUUUUGCUGAGUGCUGUAUACGUGCUGGCAUUGAAAUUUGUAGACGUGGCGCCGGCCUCUCAGUCGGCACGACGGCCGGAUGCCGCCCGUCUCGAGAGCACGGCUCUCCGACUGCUGAACGAAUCGCUGCCUCAUCCAUCAAUCUCGACCAUACAAGCGGGUGUGCUACUCAUGGAAAAGUCCACUCUCGCCACAGCGGCGUUGAACGCCCAAUUGGUCACGGCGGGGUUUGAGCUAGGCCUGCACCAGGACUGCUCGGGAUGGAGGAUGGAGACCUGGGAGAAGGGUCUCCGGAAGCGUCUCGCUUGGGCCCUUUAUAUGCAGGACAAAUGGUCUGCGCUGGUACACGGACGUCCGUCUCACAUCUUUUCAUUUAAUUGGACAGUUCAGGAUCUGGUGGAACAGGAUUUCACCGAUGCCUUUGUGUCGCCCUCCUCGCAGCCGGAUGAUGAGGAUGCCCCCGUGGGCCAUGGGCCCCUUUACUUUUGCCAUAUGGUGGCUCUGACCACCAUCCUUUCAGACAUUCUCGAUCGAUUCUAUACCUUGCAGGCAAUCGAGGAGUUCAAGUCCGCGGGCAACAAUCGCACGCGAAUAAUUUUAGAGCGCGCCAAACCUGCUCAGAUUCGACUAAAGGAAUGGUUCGGUCGGCUGCCCUCGCAGUUGAAGAUGGAGUCGGGUGGGGAACUUUUCGAGACGAUUAACGAGGAUAAUGCCCGCAACGGGGCCCUACAUCUGUCAUAUUUCGCCACGGAGAUCACGCUGCACCGAUGCAUUGUGCGGUCUCUCGGCCCCGACACGGCCGACGCCUAUCUGUCCCACAUCUGCCGCUCCGCAGCUAAGACUCGACUGAUCUCGGCGAUGGACUUCGUUAACCGGCUUCGUCCACCUCAUUUGCGAUCUUUCUGGCCCGCUGCCUCGCGAACGAACUUUGCAUUGAUCGGAUCCUUUGGCGUGCUUCUGCGCAUUACCGCGCCCACCAAGGAGGAGGCAGAGUUCUACCGUCUCCGGCUCUGUGAAUACCGGUGGACCUUAAGCGUCAGCAAGAAGAACGCCGAAUUCCUGGAAUUCGCACUCGAUAGCCUUGACAAUGCCACCAACCUGGACCAUCACGUCCCGGAGAAGCCUGGCAUUGACGAGCUCAUGGCGAGCUCUGCCAAACCGACGACCACCACUCAACCGCGCAUCUCCCAACUGGAAGAUUCGAUCCUAGAAAUCGACCCUGCUCAUGGCACAUCGUCAGUGAUCUCGGGACUCGCAUCCCCCGCAACGUCGAUUAGCGAGGAGAGUCUCCACGAUGCAUCGAUCCCGCCAUUAUAA